ACCCAACACAGCGCCCCGGCCCACCUCCGAGAGCGGAACCUCAAGCUUCUCCCCGCCUCCCACUUUGGGCUCUUAGGACAACGUUCCGCGCCCACCCUUAGGGCAGGUCCCCGCGCGGACGCUGGACGCCCAGUUCUCCUAGCUCCACGCCGCAGGCCGCGGGCCCGGAGCCGGUGAGUGCAGCCGCCCGCCCCUCCGCGGAGCCCGCGCGGUGCUUAGAGGACAGCGCGCCGCCGUCCUCGGUCGUGCGCGGAGCCCCCAUCACAGCGCACGGCUUCCCAAGCUUUACCGCCUGCGCGCGUGGUCGUCUCCUGGUUACCGGCAGGAACACUCAAUUAUGGAUCAUUUUAGAAGCGUCCCUUACGGAACCUCUGGCCGAAUCUUAUUUUCGGGGGGAUGCCAGAAGGACCGUCUGUGAGGAAGUUUCACCAUUUGAUCUCCCCAUUUGUGGGGCAGCAGGUGGUCAAGAUAGGAGGCAGCAUUAAGAAGCUGAACUCUGCUGCCUUCCAAUCCCUGUGGCUCCAGGACACCCAGGUCCAUGGAAAGGAAUUAUUCCUUAGAUUUGAUCUAGAUGAAGAAACCGGGUCCCCUGGCAACAACCCACUGCCAGAGCCUCUAGAAAAGAAGGAAGAGGCCGGGGACCAGAAGCAGACCUUUGGGUGUGAUAGCCAGAAAAUCUCGGACCAGUCCUCCCGGUCCCUGAAUCCUGUUGUCCCCAGUGGAGACAAUGGUUCGGAGUGUUUGGGGGGAGACAGCCCUGCAGGAGGUACUGAGAGGUGGCUGCAAGUCCGGUUUGGUUUGUUUGGCAGCGUUCGGGCGAACGAGUUCUCCAGAGCGAAGAAACCAAACAAGAGGGGUGACUGGAAGGACCCCAUUCCGAGGUUGGUGCUGCACUUCGGCGGAGGCGGCUUCCUGGCAUUUUACAAUUGUCAAAUGUCUUGGCAUUCUUCCCCUGUGCUCAGACCCACUUCUGACAUCUUGUCUGAAAAGUUCCAUCGAGGACGAGCCUUGGAAGCUCUGGGCCAGGAGCAGCCUGUCUGCUAUACACUUUUGGACCAAAGAUACUUCUCAGGCUUAGGGAACAUCAUUAAGAAUGAAGCCUUGUACAGAGCUGGGAUCCAUCCCCUUUCUCUUGGUUCACUCCUCAGUCCUCCACAGCUUGAGAUCCUCGUGGACCAAGUGGUGGAGUUCAGUGCACACUGGCUUCAGGGCAAGAUGCAGGGCACACAGCAGCACACGGAAAUCUACCAGAAAGAGCAAUGCCCUGCCGGGCACCAGGUCAUGAAGGAGGCCUUUGGACCUCCAGGCGGCUUCCAGAGGCUCACCUGGUGGUGCCCACAGUGCCAGCCCAGGCUGCCACCUGAUGAGCCAGAGCAGGUCCAGCUCUCCUAAGGUGCUCAGGCCCCUUCUUCACAGAGCCUUUGGAGACCAUGAUGCCUGAGUGCUGAGAAGUGGGUGUGAGCAGGGAUUGGGACUGGGUAUAGAAUGGAAUUUGAGGGGCAGGGUGAAUCAGGGGCGUGUCAGUCCCAUUAAUAUUCAUCUCACUGAAGUUAUGUCUGAGGCAGAGUUUCCACAGGGUUAGAUUUUUUUUUUUCAAAUGUUGGUAAAUUCUUUUUCUCUAAGAUAAGAGUCAUGAAGAUAGUCAAGGCCAAACCCUCUCAGACGACAGUAGGGUAAUGAAAAUGAAACCCGUGGAAAACAGCUGUGCCCCAAUCUUGCUCUGUUUGGUUUGGUUCAGUUUUUGAAACAUUGUUUGGUUUAAGACUCUCCAUUUGAGAAACAGGAACAUAGAAUUGUCUUUCUUCAUCCCUUAUCCAGGGAUGAGGACAAAGUAGCACAAGGGUUGUGCCGAGAUCCAGCCUCCUGCCUGGGUCUUUUCCUUUGGGAUGGAGACACCAGGAGAAAAGGUGGGGAGAAGAGGGGAACCAGGGAGUUGGCCAUCUUCCUCAUGUACCCAAUAGGCUUUAGGAAAAAACUGCUUUCCUCCUGAUAUAUUUGUGACCAUACAUGGAACAAUGCAGGAAUCAAGGUAUGUAAAGACAGUGUCCUGUUAGCAAUAGCUGGAAGAAACUAGGACGUGAAAAUAAAAGCUCUUUGUUAUUUUCUGUUGUCA